CUCUAGAACGGGUAGAGGCGCUACCACUGUCCGGCUUUGAGGGGGAGUGCCCUUUCCGGAUGUGACCCACGUUGACCCGGAAAAGGAGGCCCGGGCAGUGGAGCCUCGGCGGCGGCUAUGGAGGGAGCCAACUGCAGGGUGGUGUUUGAGAAGGGAGGCGUGUACUUGCAUACCAGUGCUAAGAAGCACCAGGACCCGGACUCCCUCAUCGCUGGUGUCAUCCGUGUUGUGGAAAAGGACAGUGACGUCCUCCUGCACUGGGCUCCUGUUGAGGAGGCUGGAGAUUCCACCCAAAUCUUCUUCUCCAAGAAGGACUCCAGUGGGGGUGACUCCUGCACCUCUGAGGAGGAACCAACCUUUGACCCUGGCUAUGAACCUGACUGGGCCGUCAUCAGCACUGUGAGGCCACAGCCCCGCCACUCAGAACCCACAAGAGGUGCAGAGCCCCACUCUCCUCAAGGCUCCUGGGCCUUCUCAGUGAGUCUGGGGGAACUCAAGUCCAUCCGCCGUUCCAAGCCAGGCCUCAGCUGGGCCUACCUGGUCCUGGUGACACAAGCUGGAGGCUCCCUGCCCGCCCUGCACUUCCACCGCGGGGGCACCCGUGCCCUGCUCCGCGUUCUCAGCCGCUACCUGCUGUUGGCCAGCUCCCCACAGGACUCCCGCCUCUACCUUGUCUUCCCCCACGACUCCUCUGCCCUCUCCAACUCCUUCCACCACCUGCAGCUCUUUGACCAGGACAGCUCCAACGUGGUGUCUCGCUUUCUCCAGGACCCCUACUCCACCACGUUCAGCAGCUUCUCCCGAGUGACCAAUUUCUUCCGGGGAGCCCUGCAGCCACAUCCUGAAGGAGUGUCUCCCGACCUUCCUCCACCACCCGAUGAUGAGCCUGAGCCUGGGUUCGAGGUCAUUUCCUGUGUGGAGCUGGGGCCUCGGCCAGCUGUGGAGCGGGCUCCUCCAGUCACAGAGGAGGAGUGGGCCCGCCAUGUGGGCCCUGAGGGCCGCCUGCAGCAAGUUUCUGAGCUGAAGAAGCGGAUCUUCUCGGGGGGCCUGAGCCCUGGCCUGCGACGUGAGGCCUGGAAGUUCCUCCUGGGGUACCUCAGCUGGGAGGGCUCAGCUGAGGAGCACAAGACCCACGUGCGCAAGAAAACGGAUGAGUAUUUCCGCAUGAAGCUGCAGUGGAAGUCUGUGAGCCCUGAGCAGGAGCAGAGGAACUCACUCCUGCAUGGAUACCGCAGCCUUAUCGAGAGAGAUGUGAGCCGCACUGACAGGACCAACAAAUUCUAUGAGGGUCCCGAGAACCCAGGGCUGGGCCUGCUGCACGACAUCCUCCUCACAUACUGCAUGUACCACUUUGACCUCGGCUACGUCCAGGGUAUGAGUGAUCUCCUCUCCCCAAUCCUCUACGUCAUUCAGAACGAGGUGGAUGCCUUCUGGUGUUUCUGUGGCUUCAUGGAGCUCGUGCAAGGGAACUUUGAAGAGAGUCAAGAGACCAUGAAGCGGCAACUUGGGCAACUUCUGCUGCUCCUGAGGGUGUUAGACCCGCCGCUCUGUGACUUCCUGGACUCCCAGGACUCCGGCUCUCUCUGUUUCUGCUUCCGGUGGCUACUCAUCUGGUUCAAGAGGGAAUUCCCUUUCCCAGAUGUCCUUCGGCUAUGGGAGGUGCUGUGGACAGGGCUUCCUAGUCACAAUCUGCACCUGCUGGUGGCCUGUGCGAUUUUGGACAUGGAGCGAGACACCCUCAUGCUGUCUGGCUUCGGCUCCAACGAGAUCCUCAAGCACAUCAAUGAGCUGACCAUGAAGCUGAGUGUAGAGGAUGUGCUGACACGUGCCGAGGCCCUCUACCGACAGCUGACUGCCUGCCCCGAGCUGCCCCACAACGUGCAGGAGGUCCUGGGUCUGGUGCCGCCCGCAGAGCCCCACAGCCCCUCACCACCCACCUCCCUGUUGCCACUGUCGCCUACCCGGGCCCCACCAGCCCCACUGCCCCCUGUGGAUGCAGCCCCACAGCCCGACAGCAGCCUGGAGAUCCUGCCGGAGGAGGAGGACGACAGCGCAGACUCCUAAUUCUGACAGCCCGCCUAGCACAAGCACUUUAUCCCACCCCAGCCCCUUGGAGGCUGGGGGUAGGGGACUGGAGGAUGAGGGUCUGGGCUGCCUUUCGUGCCUCUUCUCCCAGGGCCCAGGCCGCCCGCCUGAUGAGCUGGUUUCAUUAAACUGACACUUCUUAUGUCCAA